AUGUGGAAACAAUUUUGGCUCUCUGAACUCACAAGGCCCUGGUCCAAGCCCAGCUGAGAGCGAGAGAGAGAAGGGAACAGCUGAGUUAGUGUCACUUUCCUGCCGCAGGCGAGUGUCUCUUUCUCUCUGUCUCUCUCUCUCUCACAUGCGCUCCGACUUGGCCGAGGAGAGACAGAGGCGAGCCGACACCAUGAGAACAGCAGCCUGCGUCCCCGCGCCUUCUCCUCUCGUCUGGGUGAUGUACAGCAGCCUGCUGCUAGGGAACGUCAGGGCUCUGGUGAAUGAGAGCAAGAACAUGGGGGACCUGAAGGAUCCGGAGAGCACCAUGCAAAUCUGGACCGAGACCGAGACCGUCCGGCCCUCUUCAACAGUGCCCACACAUGAGACAUACAAGUCGAAUACCAACGGGAUGGUGCAUAGUACACACAGCACGACACUCGAUUGUGGUAAUAAGACCACUUCUUGUGGCUACUACUGUGAAUUAUGUGGACUUGUACCAAGGCUCGACUGCUACAAUCUUCUACAUGAACACUUUUGUUACCAUCAUUUUUUAAAUGACAUGGGGCAGUUUAACACAACAGACCUAUGUCGGUGGGACAUAGUGCAAGAGCCUUACAACAGCUUCACAGAGUGCACUGAGCUGAUCGCUGACUGUCUGCUGAUCCCAUGGCCCAAUUCUUUUGUGGAGAAGGUGUUUGUCAACAUUCACUCCAAGUUCUUUCAAGACUGCGCUGUGGAGGAGCUGAGGGACCCACCUCCCAGCAUCGUGUUCGCCCUGGUCAUGACGCCCAUCUGCCUCAUCCCUGUCAUGGUCAUCCUCGUUGUGCUCAAGACCAAGAAUGGAGACGGCAGGUCUUGACGUGUGGACCGGUCACUGUUGCUCACGCUGCUGCCCAUGCUGCAUUGGACACGGACACACACACACACACACACACACACACACACACACACACACACACACACACUUCUUCCACAUCAUCUCAAGCAGCUCAUCUUGUGCUCUGCUGUCUCCAUCCAUUCAGAUUGGAGUGAUGACAGGUUUUUUUUGUUUUUCUUUUCAACACAAUGUCUUUGAUGUAAGGCUGCACAACUAUUUGACUUCUGUCAUAAUAACAAUUUGAACUAAUGCAAUUUGUGAAUCGCAAAAGCUGCAACUAAUUUUGCAGCUCGCAACUCUUUCUUAAUGGUUAAUCUUGUCACAUGAUUUUUUUUAUAUUCAUGCCAUCCUCUUUGUGUGAUUGACAGUGAAGCUUGCCUCACUGGAGUGCUGUGCUUCUCAUGCAACAGGCAUGCUCAUCAAUCAGAAGAGGCCCCACUUAAAGUGAAUUUGGAAUCUAGUUUUGACUAGAGAUGCACUCUUUAAUGUCACUGAGGGGAUUUAAAGGGUGAAUUGCACAUUGUUGACGUGGACUGGAGAUGAAAAACAGUCUCAGACAUAGUGGACGCAGGACCUAUAGUCUAUGGUAUUAACCUCCCCACAACUCCAGCUCAAUACUGGGCUGGCUUUAUGGUGCGUUUUUCCUAGAUUAUGAGUAUUUCAGAACGGGAAUUAGACAUUUAGGAAUGUGCGACUUACAUAUUUUAAACUAAUGUAUAGGAUAGAGGGUGUCAGUAAAUUAUAUCAUAUAAAGGUUAUUUUCAUAGCACUUAGGUAAUUUUGGCAUCAGUUUGAUGACAAAGGCUCCAACAGCUUGCUGAGAAAGUGACAGGGCCAUUGUUUGUCCCAACUGAGAUGCCAACAGGAAAGAAAAGAAAAAAAAAUGACAAGACGAGGCUAUUGCAGCCAAUAAUGGUAUUAUAAAUAAUAAUAAUAAUAAUAUGUAUUUUCAAAUGGUAACCGGGAAAAGAGAAGUUUUUGUACUCUUCAUUAUCUGACUGCGAGCGUAAUUGAUGAAUGUAGCAGACUAGUGGCCAGCUGAGAGGAAAAAUCAGGGUGUGCUCUCUGACGAUAGGCCAGUUGCGUUGGGGAUGGCCCGAAUGGACUGCUCCGAUUACCGGAGGAAGUGUGUGUGUGUGUGUGUGUGUGUGUGUGUGUGUGUGUGUGUGUGUGGGGGGGGGGGGGUCAGGGUUGAGGACGAGCCUCAGCAACACAAUGGUGAGGAAUGUUUUCCGGGCAUUGUCCCCUAAUGAGAGGGUGGCAAGGCUUGCGCCUGGCAGUGCCCUUGGGAUUCCUCUCAUCUCUGGCAGACACCCGGUUUGGUGUGUUUGUCCAUGCCCAAGAUAUAUUUUUAGAUAACAUAAUAAUGGCAUAACAAUGUAAUAGCAGUAUGCUGUUUUGGUAUGACAAUGAAAGCCAAUGUGGAGAGUCUUUCAGUUUAAAUGACCAAAUAAAUAUUUACUCUUUGUUUA